AUGGCUUCGUGGAUCAAGGGCAAGGUCGACGGCGCCAAGAAGGUCGUCACCGAUAAGGUCGACGACGCCAAGGAGGCCAUCGCCAUCAAGCAGGCGGAGCUGGAGGAGAAGGAGCGCGUGCGGAAGCGCCUCAAGUGGGAGAAGGAGCGCGAGGAGGCGGAGAGGAUCGCGGAGUACGAGGCGUCGAAGCCGCGCCUCCCGCGGGACGUCGCCGCGGCCGCGGAGAAGGGCGACGUCGCGCGGGUGCGGCGAUGGUUCGACGAGGGCGCGACGAUCGGCCUGCGGACGGACGACGUCUACGGCAAGUCGCUGCUCAUGCUCGCGGCGAAGCGCGGCCAGCUCGAGGUCAUGGAGCUCGCCUUCGCCAAGGGCGCCGACGCGAACGAGUGCGACCACAAGGGCUCGCCGGCGCUGCACUACGCCGUGCUCUACCAGCGGACCGCCGCGGCCGCGCUGCUCAUCGACAGGGGCGCGCGCGUCGACCAGGCCUCCUACACGCUCGGCAUGACGGCCACCAUGUACGCCGCCCAGUACGGCGACGCCGAGACGCUCCGGCUCCUCAUCGACAAGGGCGCGAGCUGGUGGGCGCUCGACGACAUCAGCCAGGACGCGGAGGCGCACGCGCAGCUCAACGCCUGGGAGGGCAACGGGUGCGAGGCGUGCGAGAAGAUCCUCGCGGAGCUCCGCGAGGUGCGCUUCAAGGGCCAGCUCGGCCCGCCGGAGAAGGCCGUCUAA